AACCAGAAAACAAGUUAUGGAGAUGUCAGAAGAUUCAAAACAAAUUACAAGAAACGAAGGUUCAGAACAAGCUCAGAUACCAGAACCAGAUAAGAUGUUUAAUCAAAGAAAAUGGUGGAUCUCUGUUUCCUUAUGUAUUUUCUUAGUCUUGCUCGGAGAUUCUCUCGUCAUGCUUCUCUUAAACUUCUACUAUGAUCAAGACAAUCGUGAAGACAGUAAUCAAGAUCUACAGUACAAAGGAACAUGGACUCAAGCUCUGAUUCAAAACGCUGCGUUUCCAAUCCUCAUCCCUCUCUUUUUCAUUUUCCCUUCACCAAAACAAAACCCUGAAACCAACAACACUCGUUCCCUCUCUUUUCGUCUUCUCUUUCUUUACUUCUCUCUUGGUGUUCUUGUUGCUGCUCACAGCAAGUUAUUCACACUUGGGAAGCUAUACGCAAACUAUGGAGUCUUCUCGUUGAUUUCCGCAACACAGUUGAUAUUUACAGCGGUUCUCACAGCCGUCAUUAACCGUUUCAAGUUCAACAGAUGGAUCAUCUUAUCGAUACUCGUCACUCUUGUGAUACACGUUUUUGGUAGACCUUACUUUGCAGGAGAGCCUGAUGAAGAUGAAGAAGAUUAUAGCAUCCAAGCUUGGUUAACUUUCUCUGCUUCGGUUGCUCUUGCAUUAUCUCUCUGUUUAUCCCAACUCGUGUUUGAGAAAUUUUUGGUGAAGACAAAGAGAUACGGUAACAAGAAAGUGUUUAGAAUGGUCUUAGAGAUGCAAAUAUGUGUCUCUUUUGUCGCCUCGGUUGUUUGUCUCGUUGGUUUGCUUGCAAGUGGUGAAUAUAAGGAGCUGAAAGGAGAUAGCGAGAGGUUUAAGAAAGGGGAAUCGUAUUACGUUUUGAGUCUGGUCGGGUUAGCUUUGUCGUGGCAGGUUUGGUCGGUUGGGUUAAUGGGUUUGGUGCUUUAUGUUUCGGGUGUGUUUGGUGAUGUUGUACAUAUGUGUGCUUCACCACUUGUGGCUUUGGUUGUUGUGUGGGUGUUUGAUUUUAUGGAUGAUGAAUUUAGUUGGCCUAGAGUAGGUACGUUGAUAGGAGCCGUUUUUGCUUUAGGAUGUUACCUUUACUCUUUGCACAAGAAGAACAAGAAGGAGAUGGUGGAGCGUAACCAAAGAGAGAACGAUGUUGAAGUUUAAUCUCUAAUGUCAAAAUGUAAUGAUUGUGUCUUUUUGGAUAUUUUAUUGUUUUUAAUCUUGUAAUUCGAUGUCUAAAUAUGCUGUAUAGCUUUGAAAGCUGUGUAAUUCAUUUGUUAAUUGUUUUAGUCUGAUUUUCAAUUUUAUGGUAUAUGCA